AUACCGCUUGCCCGCUUGUAUUGGUACAAACAGUGAAAUUAAACUCAUGGGCAUUAGUCAUACAUUUAUAUUGUCACAGUAAACUAAUUUUGGAUAACACUGUACCUAGAGUUCGAAACGAGGAAAGAAAAAUAUCAACAUGUGGGAUAUAGCGAUUUAUUUAUUUAUAAUAAGUACGGUGGCUUAUGUCCUUAAAGAAUUGCUCUCUGAGACUCCUAAUUUCGUGAAGUUCAAAUUGAAAUUUCUUAUUUACUACGUAUGGACCUCCACCAUAUCGUUAAUGUUGAUGCCAUUCUUCAUGUUAGACCCGAAGAACGUGAAAAAUAUCUUAUUUUCUGUUGCAAUUAUUAAACACAUAACAAAAGUAAUUGAAAUUAAGUGGCACCUAAGAAAUGGGAAAGUGUUGGCAGAGGAUCGUGGAGCGGUGAUAGUGUCUAAUCAUCAGUCAACUAUUGAUGUCCUAGGCAUGUUCAACAUUUGGCAUGUAGCUGACAAAGUUGCAGCAGUGGCCCGUAAAGAGUUAUUUUAUGUGUGGCCCUUCGGCUUGGCAGCAUAUCUGUGCGGGGUGGUGUUUAUUGACAGGAACAACCCAAAAGAUGCUUACAAAACACUCCAAGUGACAUCUGAUAUUAUGAUCAAAAAUAAGACGAAAAUAUGGCUGUUUCCCGAAGGCACCAGGAAUAAGGACUUCACUAGCUUGCUGCCGUUCAAGAAGGGAGCGUUUAAUAUAGCCGUGGCUGCGCAAGUGCCCAUCAUCCCCGUCAUAUUCUCGCCAUACUAUUUCAUCAACAGGCCGAAGUACAUUUUCAACAAAGGUCACGUCAUAAUACAGUGCCUGGAAGCGGUGCCCACGGCCGGGCUGACCAUGGACGACGUGCCGGAGCUCAUCGAGCGAGUGCGAGGCAUCAUGGAGGCCACCUACAAGGAACUCUCCAAGGAGGUGAUCAGCGUUUUGCCGCCCGACUACCCGCUCUAUACUCAAAAUUGAAGCCGACUACCUCAUAAUGACCAGUAUUAUAUGACUAUGUUUGAUUCGUAGAUUUCUGAAAGCAAGCACUGCCACUGCAAUGUCCGUUAUCCUUAAUUCGCUAUUGCCACUUUUAUUAAUAGCGUAUAUGUAUUUUUUUCACUACGUACGCAUUAGUAAAUUUAUACUACUUCUUAUAUUAGCUUUAAGCUGCCGCACAAAGGAAAUGUGACAAUAGGGUAUUUGACUGUAUUUAAUAUAAAAAAAAUUACACUAUGCAAGAAAUAAAGCACCAGAAGAUUAAUAGAGAAACGUAGACAGCAGUUAUAUUUAAACACGAUUUCUAUUUUAAAACCCGUAAUAAAACUAUAAACAGUAGGUAAUUUGAUCGUGACGUCACAUGCUAGCGUUCCAUAUAAAUUCCAUAGUAGCAAAUCGUUUUGACAGUUCGAAAAAAGAAACUGAUUAGACUAGUAGUCAAAUACCCUAUAUUGUACAGAGCGUGCACUCCGGUAAUAGUAACAACUUGGCCAUAAUUAGCUCCAUGCAUGAAUUUAUUUUUAUUUUUGGAUUCAUAAUUUAUAUCGUUGGAACACCGGAAAUGAUAAAAAUACUUUUGUAAACUUUAACAUUAUUUUAUUAAAAAAUAUUUAAAAUGUUGAAAAUAUUGAGCGGUUGAAACGCUCAUAAUUUUUGGCGCGAAUUCGACAGAGCGUGAUGACGUCACACGUUGGGCGGCCCAACUGAUGUUUGCUACUAAUGACACUAAUCUGUCGAACGCGUGACGUCACGUGGCGUUUCGAGCGUUUCGCUCACUAGCUUUUCGCGGGCAAAUUUUUGUACUUUUUAUUUAUAAUUUUAAGUAAUGAAAUGGUAAUUUAAAAACGGAAAUGCAUUUGUAACAUGAUAUAACGGUAACAAACAUCCGAAUAAAACAUAUUUCGUUCAAAUAUAAACUUCAUGCAUGAGGCUAAUUAUUAAUAGUCGUGUUUCUAAAAGUGUUCUUCAAGAACUAUAAAUACCACCAACGCCUACAAACAUAUCCCUUGUCUUCGGAUAUCUAUGGAUCAAUUCAAUGGACUUAGCUCAGACUUGACGUCAGAGCUUGACUGUUUAAUUUAGUAAUACUUGAUGGAGUUAACUUCGAAUAGUGUACAUAUGUUUUAGUUAUUUAGGAUUUUCGCUCAUUGUUUUAACCCUUUUAACGCCACAACUAUUUUAUAUAACACUCUACGGAGGUUGAUAAAGGUAAAAAACUUAGCUAAAGCCCCUUUUGCUUGUGUGAGUAAUGUGUAUUGAUAGACGUUCCAUAUUUGAAAUUUGUAAUAUGACGUAAGGUUUGCAGAUUCAUUAUUUAUUUCGCUGAAGUUUAAUGAACAAACCUCGUUAUGUCAUUGUUGUUGUUCAUUGAAAAUUAGGGUUGGCAAAAAUACGUCCCCUAAAUUCGCCUUUAGUACAUAACUUCGCCGCAACUAACAUUACAUCAUAAUUUCAGUAUACCUAACUUGUAUCAUGGCCGUUUAGUACUUAAUUCAACACAUAAGAUUUAGUCAAUAAAAUAACUAGGCGAAGUUGGGGACGGGUGGAGAAGUCAGAUUAUUUUAAAAUUAUUGUUUCUUUUACUUUAAAACUCAUUUUACGCAGCUCUAUUCAUUUAUUGUGAAUCCACUGAAUAUAUUUUUCUUGGUAAAAUUAUUAAUUUUAUAUUUUACUUUAUUAACGAAGUUGGGCACCCGUUAGUGAAGUUAGUGUUCCCUUCGGCAUGUCUAUCAAAACUAUCUAGUUUUGCCAACCUCAUGCUUUAUGUUCACAUAAUUUGCAUUUUUGUAAACUGUACACAACUACAUGCAAGAGGGGCGUCAGCUAACUUUUUUACCAAUAUUAAACGGUAAGUGUGCGCGUCUGCGGACGUCUUUGGCGUUAAAAGGGUUAACGGGACUGAAUCACGUAUAUGUAUACGCGGUUUAACCCCUUUAAUUUAAAAUAACACUUAUCUUGCUUCUGAAUGGAUUGUGUUAAGUGUCUUACCUAAAUAUUAAACAGUAUUACAAAUGUAACCUGUAUGUACAACUAAACGACGCCGACUAACAGAUGCUAGAAAUUUAUGUCUUUGUUUUCUAAUCAGCUAGCUCAACCAUUAACGUGAAGCCAAAGAAGUGCAUUGCUUGUAUACAUUUUCCAUGGUCUCCAAUUUCCAGUACGAGAUUAUACUAAUAAGUACUAUACUGAGUAAAUAUAAUUCAAGAACGUCAGCGCCUUAAUGCCCAAAACGAGCUAUUGAAUGAUCGGCAUUCAUGUGACUGCAUAAGCGCUAACUACAUUUGAGAAUUGGCUGUGUUAUAUUUUAUUUUCUAGUCAAAAGAUAAAUUCUAACCAUAUUUGGCUGUAAAACUUCUUCAACGCAUUUUAUGGCAAUUCACCAAAUAGUUCAAUGGAACCGGCCAUUAUCGUUCUUUAAAUAAGUUUAGUAAUAACAGUAUUUUUACUUUACUUUAUUGUUUUUGGAAGUAAACUCUUUUUUGUCAAAGGGUGGUAUUCCACAUUUAUUAAAACAAAAUGUGAGACGCCAAUACACAUUGGGCAAAGAUCUAGGACAAUAGAAUGCAACCCUUAAAGAAAGCAGUUUUUUUUUGGGAAGUCAUCUUAAUUACCUAGUGAAAUGAUGUGGCCAACCGAUCAUUUUCAUAAAAUGAUUGCCACAUCAUGAAAUCAUCGAUCGAAAUAUCUGGCCACCACAUAUACUUAUGUAUAAGACAGCUUUGACCAACAUCAAAAAUGAAGGCAUUUUAUACUUGUAUUAUUAACAUAUAUAACUGUGACUGUAUCUUGAUGUUAGUCUUUUUAAAUCUGUUUGUAGGUAUUAAUAAAGUUGAAAGUAUUCAUAAUACCUAUUUUCGUAAUUUAUAUUUAAUCUAACCAAUUUUAUGGUCAGUAACAUUGUUCGUAUAUAGUAUUACUGUUACAUACUUGAUGUAUUUUUAUAUGUAAUGAAACUCUUCGAAAAUAAGCAAAUAAAGUAGUUUUACUACUUUAAAACGAUUUAAGUUCCAUUUAAUUAAGCUUUAGAAAUAUAUUUCGAAUUUUAUAUUACUACAUUUACUUACCUACUACUAAGUUGUAACUCAUCGAACACUAGCACUUUUGUUGGUUAUAUUGAGAUUAAAAUCGUGCCAUUUUAUUUGAUAUUUUAAUGCGUUUUGUCACUAAACUCAUUUAAACCCUAAAUAUGUAAUAAUAUAAGUGGAUUGUCCAUUAACGUAUGCCUAAUCUAAUGAUGCUAACGGAAUUCUGUGCCGCAAUUUCAAUACAUAUUUCAUCGGCACACCUAUGUUUCUUAUUUAAGGUAAAGCUGGAGCCUUCAUCUGUUAUUUAUUGUCUAUUAUCUAACAGUACAACUUAAGAUAACUGCCCUAGGUAACGUCUAAUUACCUACCUACUUAUAUAUAUAUUAUUGGCGAGACUUGUGCCUCGUGUAGGAUGAGAUAUUUAACAAAUUGACUUUUAAAUCGGUUUAAUUGACCUGCAGGUCAGCUCAUAAAGUAUUAAUACGUGUAACGAAACGAAUGAUCUCGAGUUCUUAAUUGAGAUAAAAUGGAUGAACAUUGAUGUAUAAUAGGCCCGUAUUAUUAUUAACCAAUUACAUUUCUCUAUGCUAUUGGGACCGUGCACGAUGGCAGCGCCGCCUAGCGUUCGAAGCAAGAUAGGCGCUGUCAAAUAAUGAACGCAACAAAAUAAGAUUAUUCCUAAUAGGUAAAUAUUUACUAUAAUGCACUGAAUAAUGUGCGAAAUCUUCUCAUUUUUAAUGUUAAGUAAAGCAAAAACCAUCUGUGUAUUUUAUAUUAUUAGGUCAAUUUUCUUCGUUGUUGUUUCGUUACCAAUUCCAUGAAAAAAAUUAUGUUUCAUUAUGUUUUGAUGGCCUACUUCGUGGGGGAUACGUAUGAUGCUUGUAAGUAUUAAACUUAUAUUCAACCGCUUAACACAAUGUCUGUUGUGACAGACGACAGACAACCCUACGUGCCAAAAGUAUGCUUUUGACGGGCUUUCAAUAACUGUCAUUAUAACUAAUAUUACAAUCACCUAAUGUUGGUACACUGUUAGCCAUACUAUUUUAUUACGAUCCAAGCAAAAAUCUGUGUUGACAUAGACUAGACAAAAUGUUUAGCCGUUACGUUGUUAAGUCUGGAAUAAUGCUAUAUGAUAUAAAAGGCUUAUUUCUAGCACAGCGUUUAAAAUAUAUAAAAGUAUAUGAUAUAAAAGGCUUAUUUCUAGCACAGCGUUAAAAAUAUAUAAAAUUUACUAUUACUGUUUCGUCCAGUAUUAUUGCAGUUUGCUGCAUCUUCAACAGCUAUCGUGACCCAUUUUUAUCGUAAGUAUAAUUUUAAAGCUAUAAACGUAAACAAAAUAAUACACAUUUUUGGCCACAUCAAGCGCUGCGAUCGUUACCGCUUCCCCCACCACCCGCUUUGCACGGAGCGAAUUGAUGUUUUAUGUAUUGUUUAUGCACGACUCCCGCACACCGGGUCGAACCAAAUGGAAUCCUACGCAUCAUAUUAAGUCCCCGGCAAGCUCGGCCGAAUUGCACCUUCCAAUACAAACGUAGUUCCGCUCUCAUUUUAAAACUACGUGUUGGAUUGUAAUGAAACUUUGCACAUAUACUGACAUGAGGUAUAUCUAGGUCUGAAAUUAGUUUGUAUAGCUCCAGUUUAUAAAACAAACGAAACAGAGCAAAAACAAAUUUUGUAUGAAAAACUUAAAUUCGCUGUAUUUUUUUAACUAUGGUAUCUGAAGCUACAUAAACUAAUUACAGGCAUAAAUAUACCUUAUCCUAUUGUAAGUACAAAGUUUCAGCAAUCUAGCUAGUCGUUUUAAAAUGAGAGCGGAACUACGUUUGUAUGGAGAACCGAGCUUGCCGGAGACCCUUAAGAGCCGCGUCCGUAAAGAAUCAAGUCUCUGGCUAUGUAAUUUCCUUAUAACUGUAGUAACUACUGAGUUUUCUCCAACAUUAGUAAUAUACCCGGCAGUCGGGGAUCGUACAUUAAAUACGAAGGUGAACAACUAAUUUGUUUAACAUAUUGCUGAUUUUGUAGUACCUAAUGUUUUAUGAUAAUCGAAAAAUACUAUCGCACCAAGUAUUUUACCCACUAAGUCAGGAGUUGCGUUACAGGUUCCUAAAUAUCAAUAAGUAAUGUUUAUGUGCAUUAAAAUAACCUACGUUCGUAGGC